AUAACUAUCUGACUAGACUGUUUGUACGUUUGCUAAUUGUUUUGUUUUCAUAUCAUUUUACAUGUUAUAUCGCCCAUUUUAGUCCCGUGUUUGUCGGACUUUCACGUGAGGAGUGACUUAAGUUUAUACUUUUUAAACAAAUUUAAAAACAUUUUAGUAUAAAUAUAGAAAAAAUUCAAAUCAAUAUGGGUAAUCAGCAUGGAAAGAAAGAACAAAAAUUACCAUUCACACCCGAACAGAUUAAAAUACUCGAGGCCUCCUUUCGAGCUUGUGGAAUACAUUCCGAAAAACUGCAAAAGGAGAAAUUAUUGGAGUCUUGGUCAAAUAUUAUAGAUGCUCAUUUGGCUGAAUGCACUGCAAAUUUCCUUUUCAAAAGGAUACAGCAAACGACACCCACAAUUACAUUAGGACGGUAUGUCGAACCAUACUAUAUAGUUGAGAAUGGAACAAUCGAUGAUAAAGUGAAUUUUCUGGCCUCCUCACUGGAGCAAACAGAUACAAAUCAAUACACAAUAAAGGAAUUGGAACAUUAUAUUGCAGCUGUUCUAAAAAGUUAUUUAAAAAUCGAGUCCCAUCAUUGUACGGAAGCGUUUGAAAGUUGGAAGGAACAUGGAUAUCAGUCGGCGGAUCGAACAAUAUUUGCCUUUUCAAAAGGACUUAUUCGUAGUAUGUGUCAAGGUCACGAUCAUUACCUUAAUUUAAGUCAGCUGGAAGAAUGGCUGCAGGUAAAUCCCACAUUUCUUAUUAUAUGGAGGGAAGUAUUUAAUGGCUUAUAUAGCAGAAAUUCAGCAAAGUCGCUUAAAUCAAGCUGUGUUCUUUCUUCGAACAUUCUACCAGUAUUAGAAGGUUUAGCUGUUGGCACAAAUUACACCCCAAUCAUAGACAUUCCACAUGUGAUAUUUGUGAAUAGUAAUUUACCAAAUGAGUAUCGUAAUAAAUGGCGUUUCUUAUUCUCAUCAAAAAUAAUGGGUGAAAGUUUUUCGACAAUGUUGGGAAAGAUUUUGAAUCGAGGACCUACGCUUUUGGUUAUUGAAGACGAGGAUCGGUAUCUGUUUGCCGGUUACAAUCCAGAGUCUUGGGCGUUAAAAUCACACUUUUUUGGUAACGAAAGUUCACUUCUUUAUACCUUGAGUCCAGCAAUGCGUUGUUUUAACAGCACAGGAUAUAAUAACCAUUACCAAUAUUUGAAUUUAAAUCAGCAAACUAUGCCCAAUGGUUUGGGAAUCGGCGGUCAGUUUAAUUAUUGGGGAUUAUGGAUUGAUAGUGACUAUGGAAUAGGACAAAGUAGCGAAUCCUGUACUACAUAUCGUGACUACAUGCAGCUUAGCAAGCGAAAAGAUUUUAAAAUACGCAAUAUUGAAGUCUGGGGAAUUGGCGACGAACCUAAAGAUGAAGACUCUGAAGAAGAAAGCGGUGUGAAGAAUUCAAUCUUGGAUAAAAAUUUAGAGGAUAAAGUUAUGCUUCAGUUGGCUGGUAAAGAAAUGCAUUCAGAGGGUCUGCGUGAACCGGACAUGGAUUUGUGAAUAUAUAUUAAUUUAGUUUUAAGCUGAAGUCAAAAUUUAUUUAUUUACCUUUAUAAUUGGAAAUUUUUUACUACACUGUGAAUAAGUUUUGAACGAUAUCUAUUACUACAUGCCUACAUAAAAUGUAAUGUAGCUGUUAAACAUAAAUAAUAUACUCUUAAACGUACAAA